AUGAUUAAUACUCAUUAAAGAACUCAUACUAUCAAAAAGAUAUCAGUACUAUAGAAUCUAAUUUAAGAGUACGAUAUAGAUUUCAAUCUUAUUGAAGAUGUCCCAGUAUUACUAGCAAAUUUAAGAAGCCUCAUCCAAUUUUAAUCUCAGAGAUUUAUGAUCCAAGAAGUGAAAAAGUCUUAACAUAAGUUGGAAUUUAAGCCCUAGAAUGACUCUACAGAUUAAAUAAAGUAGAAUUAUCUCUAUAUCAAAGAAUAUUUAGCUUCAAGCAUAGAAAUAUUCUAGGAUGACGCAGAUUUCAUGAACAGUCUUAGCGAUAUAUUGAGGCAGUAGCCAGACUCCUAUAAAAUUGAGAUGUUCGAGAUUCUUAUACAAGAGCUAAAGAAUAUGGAUGAAAGAACUUAGAACAGGCAAAAAACCAGCGCAGAUCUCUAGUAGAAAUGCUAAAUAUUAUACAUACUAGCAUAUAUAACUCCUAGGCAAAAAUAACUUAUGCUUUUGCAGUAUUUAAUAGAUCAAAUGGAGCUCUAAAUAGAUGCAAAUAUCAAAUACCCUAUUCAAGAGAGAUACUAUGCUAUGAUGUAUUUAUGUCUUUACUUCAUUUCUUAGAGACUCUAAAUAAGAAAUAUGCCUCAACUAUAGCUUAAAAAUAAGCUAUUUGCCUAUGCCUUCAGUGGAAUAUCUUCUAAUAUAGAAAUCAUUAACAGAGUUUCAUUCAACAUACUUUAAAACUUUAUGUCUAGCUAUGAUGUGGAUAACUUAGGUCAGCUUUUAGAACUUGAAAACGGAUACUACUUUCACAAUCUAUUCUCAAAGAUCAGAUAUGGUUCAGAGUAAAUGACAGCUAGUCACCAUAUUCUCUAGAUACUAAACUCUCUUAAAAAUAACACUCCUAAACUACUUGAAAAUGUGAUCUAUGAUUUGUUUGCAUUGGUAAUUGAGAACAUUGAUAAAUCGAUAAUAUAAGUGGAUUAGAAGCUUAUAUUGCUAAGUGUAGAUAUAUCUGAACUGCUUUCGCUACAUGUUCAUGACUACAGUGCUUAUCAUAAGCCUGAGAAGAAGGAUGAGACGCAGUAUAAAGAUAAACUUGAAGAAAUGAGGGCUAAAAUGGUAACAAAGAAUAGAAAUCUAGCUAAUAUAAUCAGAAGAUUAAUUCUCAGACUGUAACCUUACAUUAAUCCAAGCACAUAGCCCAUCGUGAUUUGUGUGAAGACUUUAACUAUAUUGAAGAACUGUAGUGUGUUCUUGAAGGAUGAGGAGAUGUUUAGAGAGACUAAGCAUGACCCUUUCUCAGUUGAGGAUUCAGAAAAUGUGAAAAUACCUUGUACUUUAUCAGCUCUAACUUAUGAGAUUUAUUAAAAUAUCUUAUCAAUCAUCAAGCAUCCAAGUGCACUUGCUCAUUAAAUUAAAGCUAUUGAAUUGAUUAAUGAGAUAUUUGUAUAGAAAAGUGAUUUCAUUUUGAGUAUGAAGAGAUUCGAAGAUGAUAUUCUACCUUCCAUAAAUCAAUACAUUGAUAAGUAUUUAGUUAAGGAUAGGACUAAAUCAAUAGGUUUAAAACUUAUUGUCUAAACUACUAAAUUUUUAUUGAGCUUUGAUACAGCUCCAAUAGAUAAAUAAAGAUUUAAUAGUGCUAUUAAUUUGGCAUUUGAAACAAGAGCACUAAUUAUUAAAGUUAUUUAAGAUAUUCCUAUCAGUGAAAGAUAGAAAGAAAUCCAAGAUAUCAUAAGUCUACUUAAUUAAUGA